AUGGUGAGGAACGCAGGCACUUGCCUCUACAAGGAGGCACGACUCAAUAUCGAGCCCGCGUUCCCUGGAUCGACUAUCUCAUUUACACUCCCCGCAAAGAGCGCGAACGCAAUCGGCUUCUCGACGCGACCGAAGCGCACCGUAUACGACGAGAAAGACACAGGAAGUGACGACGAUGCAUUCACCAAGCGGCAUCUGGCCAAUGAUGGUUCAGUAUACUUCCGACGGCGUCACACGUACCCGCGCAGCUUUCUCUGGCGCAUGCUAGAUGAAAGAAAAACACUUGAAAUCCAGGCGGUAGACUUGGAAAACGAUGAACGUAGCACGCAUGAAGCAGAUCUGACGUUGCUUCUGCACUUCAGCUCGCCUAUCCGCCCAUUCUGCGUCGCAUUCGCCGAACAAGAGGACCAAAACUCGAUUACCGUCUUCGCGAUCACUACCACCAAUGAGCUAUAUACGAUGUGCAUACCCUGCGCAUUCUUUAGUAAAGAGGUGGCAUCAGAGGUAGAGAUCGAACAUUGGUGCAAACGUUCCACGCCUGCCUUGCUUCAUGCCAACACCCCAUACCGCCUUGUCGCAGUCGGUAUCGACCAGCUACUGGUUUCGUUGGAUAACGGAAGCAUAUUGCGUCUCUUGAGGGAAAAUAAGGACGACAUACUAUGGACGGAAGCGACUUUCCAGCACAGCAAUUGGUCGCUGACAUUGCGCGGUGUACUACCAUGGAAGGGACAACAAACGGUGCGCUUUGGAAACACAGACCUGGUGGCAUCCACUGCGGCAAACAUGUCACUCUCACCUGACGGCAGCCAUAUCAUAUGCGUAUGUUUGGACCACACUUUGAGAAUGUUCAACCUGCAGUCUGGAAGAAUGACGAGGCAACAAGACCUUCUAGACAUUGAGGACGAUGCGCAGGACCGGAAUCAGUCACAUCUUCUUGGAUCAUCGCAACCCAGGCUGAUGCAGAUAGUAGAGGUCACAGGUGCCGCAAAUGUUUCCUACUUUGUGAUCGUAUACUCCCCGAUUCGACACGAGUUCAAAUUCUACGGUGUUCGAUCGUCAGACGCAGCUCCCGAAGCCUUUGUCGAUAUACAGCCUGACUUCUCCUUCGUCCCUCCGAUUGACGAUCUUAUGAACGCAACAGUGUGGACUUUAGAGGAGUUCUUCAUUGUGCCUUCUGGCUCUGGCUGGAAAGGUACAACACUUUGGCUCCGCGCGCGGUCGGGUCCAAGCAGCAGAGUCUUUUCAAUCAUGUUCGAUCCGUCUGACGAUUCGGAACGGUUGCCCCGCGUUUGGCAUACUGAUUGGACGACCGUAGAUUCUGGUCCGCUUACCAUCGAAGGAUUAAGAAAGGAGCCAACAAAUCCUGGAGAGCAAGACUGGGAUGCUUCAGAACUCUAUGAGGUAGAUAUCACUGAAAAGUGGCUGGACUUUCUCUUCGUUCCUGGACGGUUCACGAUCGCCACACUAGAGACUGCGCUCUUCAUCUUACGGAAAGGACUGGACGGUGAUCGCGGACCAGCUAGGCUUAAAGGGUUGUUGAAGGAUCGAUUAUGCGCAACAAUUGCGGAAGCAGCCCGAAAGCACGCCCCAGAAGAUACUACAGAGAACUACGAACAGUUGAUCGCCAUACAGUGGGACGCCUAUUAUGGUUUGGUCAAGGACUUGCACAAACGAAGAGGAGAAUCUCUCUCUUUAGCAUAUGACCCUGUGGCGGAUCAGCCAUGGGUAGUCUUGAGCGAUUGCUUGUCCGCCAUCCGCAAGUGUAGUGAGCCGGAGUCUAUCCUGAACAAUUCAGAUGUCCUCACGAAUAGGCUUCACCCGAGUGGGCCUCUGCGCAAAGCUUUGCAGAAGCCGGAAGCACAGUCUCUAGAAGUACGUCGGUUACUAAACGCAGCCUCUUCGUUCCGACGACGCUUGCCGGCAUCAUUUCAGCGAGAUCUAAAGCGAGAUCUUCAUGCAGACCUACUACAGAGUCGCUCUGUUACUGUGAUCGACCGAAUGGAACAGAUGGAAGCGGACUGCGACCUCACCUCGGUAGUGACUGAGGAUGACCUAGCCUCUCUCAUUGAAGAUCUCGGCAACGGCAUCAACCAUCUGAGCACCGAAGUUUUCCAAAGCGCUAUAAGGGCUCUGAAAUUCGAGAGAAAAGGUGGUCAGCCUAGGUCAACACAGUCUGCACGAUAUGGACUGAAAGCCUUGCUGAGAAUAGCAUCAGAGACUCUGGACUUCAACUACGAGACUUUGCUUGAUCUGCUCGUGCUCAUCUUGUUCAUGCAGUUCGAGGAGGACAUAUCAGAUGAUUUCGACGCGUCAGUAGUCUUCUUCGACCUCAUGAACGAGUUCAAGGACUGGAUUGUUUUGGAUUGGAUUGCGACAACUGUCUGGUCGCACCAAACGCCUACUGGUAGGAGCUCGACACGUUGGAUGAAGGAAUUUCAUGAUGCUUCGAAAACGUCUUCGAGAUUUCCCAUCACUCAGACUGCCCUUGAAGGCAUGUUCGGCUACGGUGCUACUUCAAUUCCGAUGCCCGGCAAUCUAAAGACUGGGUUUCUCACGUAUUGGGGCCAGGGCUGGCUAGCAUCGAUAUUCUCCGCGCAACAAGGCCAGACUUUCGAUUCGGUUGUGGAGGACAUGAUGGGCAAGCUCCUGUUCCAGAAGGAAUACGACCUCGCAAAAGACUUCUCUAAGUUCUUACCGGAGAGUAACUGGGCAAGCUACCUGAAAGCUCUCGGAAUUGGUUUUUCAGUAGACAUGGCGGACACAGCGCGACUAGUUCCAGAAACGGAGCAGGAUCUGUUCUCCGACGGUCUACCGAAAUACUAUAGUCAUGUUCUAGGUUUGUUUGAGAAGGCAAAGGCUUACUCUUUCAUGGCCGAUUAUGCUCGACUUGGCCUGAACUCGAUGAUUGGAUUUGAAGACGAGAUUUUGAGGACCGAACUCUUGCAACGUCUUUUUACAGCUUCGAUACAAACAUCACGAUUCGAAGAAGCAUAUACUGCUAUGACCAGGCAUUCAGAUUCGGCAUUGAAACUGUCCUCACUCAAGAGCCUCGUCACCUCCAUGGUUGCGCAAGCGCAGACUGCAGCGCUUCUUAAAUUCCCUCUCGUAGGCCUUGUUGAAGAGAUGGACACCAUCCUCUCCGACUUAUGCCAAAAGACACUCAACAUCGGGUCAGGCCCACCUUAUCAUCAGAUUCUAUACUCUUUCCGAGUCUCUCGGGGCAACUUCCGAGGGGCAGCAACGAUCCUUUACGAGCGCCUACAGCGACUCAAAUCCACAUCAUCGAAAAUCCACGAUCCGGCUGAUGAGUCCCUGAUACAUUGCUAUCUGAUGAUCAUCAAUGCAUUGUCAUCGGUGAGCCCACAGGAUGCUUACAUCCUCGCAGAUCAGCGUAUUGAUGAAGGAAUACCUCAAUUCUUGCAUGGGCCCAUUGGCACGGCGAAGAAGUUACUCAAGCGGCACAUCGUCACGCUAGAUACACUAAGAAAGGAAUACCAGGCGGAAUUGGACCGCGUCGCAGCUAUUGAGAAUGGGCACUUUGCUUUCAUGGACCCGGCUGAUGAGAUGGAUAUCCUGUAA